GCCACCCCACGCCCGCCUCUCCACUCUUCCACCGGACACGCUCCCUGAUACCCGUCGCCAACAUGCUGUCGACAACACGGUACGGAGCCUCAAUGGCUCUGCGAGCCAAGCCCACAACAGCUCUGUUGCCAUUCCGCGCCGGAAGCACUGCCUUCCUUUCCUCGAGCUCCUCCAACAAUGCGACGACAAUGAAGAGCCCCGCCACCAUUGUGGGCAACCCUGGAACACCGCCCCCGAUGAAGCAGGCGCGCCGCGAAGUGCCAUUGCCCAGCCAGGAGGGAAAGAAGGGUGCCAUGCAAUAUGCGCUGACCACUCUCGACCAAGUCGCCAACUGGGCACGUCAGAGCUCCCUCUGGCCCAUGACCUUCGGUCUCGCCUGCUGCGCCGUUGAAAUGAUGCACUUGUCCACCCCACGAUACGACCAGGAUCGCCUCGGUAUCAUUUUCCGUGCCUCGCCACGUCAGUCCGAUGUCAUGAUUGUUGCCGGAACUCUCACAAACAAGAUGGCUCCGGCUCUGCGACAGGUGUACGAUCAGAUGCCCGACCCUCGAUGGGUCAUUUCCAUGGGUAGCUGCGCGAACGGAGGAGGAUACUACCACUACAGCUACUCGGUCACAAGAGGAUGCGACAGGAUUGUGCCGGUCGAUAUCUACGUGCCUGGAUGCCCGCCAACCGCCGAGGCGCUCAUGUACGGCAUUUUCCAGCUGCAGAAGAAGAUGAGGCAUACCAAGAUCACAAGGAUGUGGUACAGGAAGUAGAGUGGUUACGUGCUUGAAGAGGGGAUCAGGAAGUCAUUUGCAUGCGGGCCGGAGCCCACAUUUUCUUUUGUCUGUACAAAUCAAAUCCAGUACAACACAUUGCACAUUGCAGUCCUUGCUAACCUGGUGCCAAUUGUGUCUAGACCUCUAAAUGCACUCUAUAUGCC